ACAUGACACAAGACACUGCUCUCGAUAUGAAGGAUGUCGAGCUGAAUGAGCUCGACCAGGAGAAGGUCCCAAUGGCCGCUGGGGCAGGAGAUCUGAUUUCUGCAGGGGGAGAGAAGAAUGGGGUAGUCAAAGUGAAACUGGAGGCUGAUGGUGAUCUGGGCACCGACAAUAGCCAGAAAUUCACAGGCCUCUCUAAAGAGGAACUUCUGAAAGUGGCUGGCACUCCUGGUUGGGUGAGGGUCCGUUGGAUCCUUCUCAUAUUGUUCUGGGUGGGCUGGAUUGGGAUGUUGGCAGGAGCCGUGGUCAUUAUUGUUCAGGCUCCCCGGUGCCGACCCUUGCCGGAGAUGCAGUGGUGGAACAAAGGCCCUCUUUACCUGAUCGGGAACCCCGAGACCUUCCAAGACUCCAACGAGGAUGCAGUCGGCGACAUUAAAGGAAUUGAGCAGCGUCUAGAUUCUCUUAGCUCUCUCAAGGUAAAGGGUCUCGUUGUUGGUCCUUUACACGUCACCAAAGAAGACAGUCUUGCAGACACUCAUCUUACUGAAAUUGAUCCCAAGUAUGGGACCGAAGAACACUUCCGCCAACUACUUGAAGCGGCCCACAAGAAAAGUAUUGAGAUCAUUUUAGAUCUCACACCGAACUACCAGGGUGACAAUGUUUGGUUUAGUCAGGCUGGAAGUGCUACAGAUGGGGACCUCCAGAAAAAAGUCAAGGAAGCUAUGGAUUUUUGGCUGGAACAGGGUGCUGCUGGCAUAUAUUUAAGUGGCAUUGAAAAACUAGAAAAUCCUACCGAUCUUCUUGCUGAAUUCAAAAACAUUACUGCUAAUCACAGCAAACAAGGGAAAGCCAGGGUUUUGCUGGCAUCCACAGAUGAGCCCAACUACAACAGUGUGUUGAACCUCUUCAAUGAGACAGCAGUGGGCUUGCUCUCUUCUCGCUACUUUGUUGAAGCAAACACUAGCCAAGGCUCUCUGGGAGAUCGUAUCAACCAAUAUAUGAUGAAUGCAGACGAUCAGUGGAAUAGUUGGGCGAUUGGUGGGCCACGAGUGGGUCACAUGGCCUCUCUGAUACAAGAAAAGUUGCUGCAUGUAUACCAGCUUCUGUUGUUUACAUUAAAGGGGACCCCAGUCACCCAGUAUGGGGAUGAAAUUGGACUCAAAGAUCUUCCUGGACAGCCUGCCCAUUCUCAGGGCCCUUAUAUGCAAUGGGAUGAUUCUACAAAUUAUGGAUUCUCCAGUCAUCCACUCGCACGACUGUCCAUUAUAAACAUGAAUGUGACCUUUAAGGCCCAGGAGGAAGACUCAUCCUCAUUGCUUAGCUGGUACAAGCGCCUGAGUGAACUACGUGGAAAAGAACGAGCACUACUUCAUGGAGAUUUUUACUUUCUGCACAUCAGUGAGAAUUCUCUGGCGUUCCUGCGUAGUUGGGACCAGAAUGAAAGAUUUGUGUCAGCACUGAACUUUGAUCCAGACAGUGAGGUAGAGCUUAUGCUGACAGUGUCUGAUGUACCUGAACAGUGCUCUGUAGUACUGAGUUCAAACCCACAGAGGCAGGAAGGUAGCAAUGUGUCAGUAAGAAAACUGAAGCUGGCUCCAGGUGAAGCUUUGCUCCUUAAAUAUCCAUACAAUGGUUAACCGGUAUUUAAACAGGCAAAACGUGCACAUUCCAUAUGGUGACACUACCUAGCAUACAACGAGAAACAUUAACUAUGAAUAUAAAAGAAUCCCUGCUACCCCCUUCUGUGUGUCUAGGUAGAAAAUUGUUGAGGCAAAAAUUACGUGGUUAACAUUGAAACUUCCUACUAAAAUAAAAUUUGCACGUACAAGAA